AUGGCGUACCCCAACCCAGGGAUCCUGAAAGCGGCCAUGGGCCACUACUUGACAGAGAGCGCCCGCACUGCGCUAGAGGCCCUGGAGCCCGAAGGGGAGCCUGUUGUGCUGGGCCCCGGGAAGCAGAUGCCGGUGGUGGGACCCAACCAGAUUCUGGACAUGCCGCUCUUCACCAAAAUCCCCUUCCUCCCGGGCUCGAACACCAUGUUUUACACCACAAACCUUGGUGAAAAGCUGUACCAGCCUUCAGCCACCUUUGACCUCACCGACCCUUACUGCAAGAUGAUGCCCCCCAGGUAUAAGAGCCUCCAUGACCCGCACCUGAAGGCCUUCUACAAGCGGAAGGACAACCUGCGGAGGCUCAAGAAGGCCGGGUACAUCACUGACAAGAACAAGGUGGUCUGCUCCUUGAAGGAAUUCAACGAAUACAGACAAUACUUGACCUCCCUGAAGCUGGAGUUUGAGAAGCACUACCUCCGGGAGCAGAAAAUGCUGGAGAAGCAGGUGACCAAGCUGCAGGACCCCCAAGAACUCCCCGAAGGGUUAGAUACCUCCAAAUACCGGGACUGGCUCCUGAAGGAGGAGCGGCCCACCAUCCAGGAGCAGGAGACUGUCAUGCGCAACAAGUAUCUGGAGAUGAUUAACCAGGAGCUGGAGAAGCUGGAGCAGCUGGCAGAGGAGAACCGGCGCCUUGCUUUGGCUCAGGAUGACAAGAAGAAGAUAGGGCUGGAAAAGCGGAAGCAGCUCCUGUUGAGGAAGAAGAUGGAAGAGCCUGGACUUGUUGCAAGUGAUAAAGAUGUGAGCAAAACCCAAAGCCAGCACUCAGAGCCAGGAGGGGAGACUCUCCCUUCACAGGGGACCAGCAGCAAGCCGUCCUUGGUCUCGGUCAAAGAAGUUGCCUCCACAGCCAGCAAGAACAGCCUCCCUGCGGUGGAGGCCAAGUCCAGCAAGGCGGAAAGCGUCAACGACAAAAUCCUGCCUUCGGUCUCCGGCGAAGCCAUCAGCAAUGAAGGGGAGGCCUCCGUUUGCGAAUCCGCCGUCUGUGGAAGCAAGACGUCUUGCUGUGGAUCGGCCGGUUGUGGAAGCAAAGGCUCCUGUUGCGGAUCCGCUGGCUGCGGGAGCAAAGGGUGCUGUGGAUCCGGAGGCUGUGGGAGCAAAGGAUCGUGUUGCGGAUCCGCUGGCUGUGGGAGCAAAGGAUCGUGCUGUGGAUCCAUUGGUUGCGGGAGCAAAGGCUCCUGUUGCGGAUCCACCGGCUGCGGGAGCAAAGGCUGCUGUAGAUCUGGUGGCUGUGGGAGCAAAAGCUCCUGUUGCGGGUCGGUUGGUUGCGGGAGCAAAACGUGCUGCGGAUCUCAAGGCUGUGGAAGCAAAGGUUCCUGCUCUGGCUGCGGUUCCAGCAGAUCUUGUGGCGGCAAGUGCUCUGGGUCGGGCGGCGGUAGCCUCAAUAGCAAAGCGACCGGCGAAUAUGACUCCAGCGGGAGCAGCAACAAGCGCACAAGCGCCAGUGGACCCAGCAAAAUCACGUUCACCUCCACGACCACGGGAGUGACUGCCUCCCAGCAAAGCUCAGUGAAGCCAUCCACCAAAACCGCUAUUCCUUCCACCAUUACCCUGCAUACCAUCACCAGUGAGGCCUCCACCAAAGAAAAACAGAAGAAGAAAGCAACAUUAAUGUUUUCACAGUCGGAGCCAGAGCCGAAAGAGAAAACCUGCAGCAAGAAGGGGCAACGCGAGAAGAACAAGCUAGCAGAGCACUUGGCCUCGACCUCGCAUGAGAAUGACUCCGGGUCGUCCUACUCGGCGUACCUUCAACACUUGCUCUCACACACGGACCAGUCAGCACUGCGAGAGACCCUAAGGGGAAAAGUCUCCGUGUCCGAGCUGAACGGCAUCGUCCAGAACAUCAUGACCUGGGUGGUGUCGGCAGUCACCAGCAUCCUCUACCCGGCCCUCACUAAGUUUGAGGAGCGCGUCCGUGCCCGGGUGUACACCAUUUCGGAAGAGUCCCUACUCUCCUCUGACAACUCCUCCACCUGCAGCACGUGCAAUGAGGAGCGCUUCGAGGCCCAUGGCGGACUGCCCUCCCUCUGUGCCGCCGCCACCGCUGGGAAGCCCUCCACCGCUCUCAUGGCUUCCAAGUCCUCCUUCACCUCCUUCUCCCUGGAUGGUGAGCUCUUCCGUCGCCACUUCCGGCGGGGCAAGGCGGCCAUCUUCUUCUCCCCGGCCAAACACAGGGCCAUCCUCACCUCCACCACCAGUAUGAGAAGCUCCAAGUCUGACAGCCACCUCUCUGACAUGCAGAAGGCCUUCCCAGAUAAACUGUUUGGCUCUCAUGGCAAACAUGGCAAACACGGAAAACUGAGGGAGCACAGCUCUAAAAAGGAUGCCAAAACCAGGCCCAGUAGCACAACCGCCACCACCGUUGCGGCCAUGACUGACAUGGAAGGGUUGCCUCUCGCCGGUGGAGGGCACCAACCACCCCAUGACCCCAAAGAGCCGCUGAACCUGAAGGACCUCAAGAGUCUUUUUGCCGAACUGAAGCAACCGCUCUCCAAGAUCACGGCCAUCAUCCUCAACGAUGUCUUCAAGAAGAUCCUGGGAGAUUUGGGUUGCACGGCCACUGCCGGCUCACUCUCUAUGGAGGUUCUGCUGGAAUCCAUUUCAGAGAGUGUUUUGGGCAGCCACCCCGGUGGUUCUCCAGUGGCCGGUGCAGUCUCCCGCAUUGCCAGCUUCGUGGCCGGCGACUUGGUGGAGAAUGUGCUGAACAAGCUUCAGGUGACGACCCUCGCCAAGUAUGUGGAGACCGUUUCCAGAGAUGAAUUCUCCAUGGAGUGCAAGGCCUUGUGCACAGUGGCAGCGGCUGGGAGACAUGGGGCCCUGGACCGGGUGUCAUGGAGACCUCGGUUGCCCCUCUCUUUGGAGUCAAUGCAUGGCACGGCGGAGGAGAUCCUUCACUUCAUUCUCAAUAAGCUCAAAGUCUUUGCCCUUUCUAGCCAAACCAAGGUCUCCCAGUUUGAACUCUUUGCUAGGAUUAAGGCCUUUGGGAUUCCUCUGGAGCAGUUUUAUGUGGCCCUCCCGCCACAUACCGUGGAAUCUGAAGCCGCAAAUGCUAUCGUGAAGGACACCAUCCGGAAGAUUGUUUCCAAGACAGUGGCCUCGUCGGAGACACACGUCCUUCAAUAUGUCGAAGAGAUGGUUGGCAGCAUCCUGGGCUUCAUCCAGCGGCAGCUGAGCCCUGAAGGAGUGCUCCCGGCCCGAGAGAGCUCCAUCCUCCUCCAGCUUAUUAAUGAUGUCUUCAACAGCCUCAGCACGGAAAAUCUCAGGGGGAUUUACGCAGCGGCCAAAUCCCAAAUGCAAAUAGGGGCUCCUGGCUAUGAUCCCCCGGCCGCACCGGAGGUGCAAGGGCAGACGGCAAGCAUCACGACCCUCUUUACUUCAGAGGAAGCUAUGGUGAAGCCCUUCGCUCCUGUGAAUGUCCCCGGAAUGGUCAUUUAUUCUGAAUUUGAGGAGAAAGAGAAGACGGGACCCGAUGGGACAAUAUUGUCCGUCAACAAGGAACGCAAAGUCUUGGUAACAGAAGUCCCAAAAGGAGAAGAAGAGCUCCCAGUCAAACACAAGGGGGGCGAAGCAAAUGGUUUGGACAAAACUGACAGCCGUGUGGAGAAUUUUGUGCAGGAAGCCAUUUUUUCUUCUGUGGAAGGCCACCAAAGGGUGACUUUUCCCGCUGACCCUGAGUCCGAGACCGGAGAGUGCAACUUAGUGAAGGCCUUGAAAAUACUGGAGGAAGACUUCAAGGAGGAGGAGCACGCGACCCUCGUCCCACUGCUGUGUAACCUCCUCAACGAACUCUUCCGGCUUGUUUGGGCUGAGCAACCUGCCUGGCCCUCAAAGGCACCUCCGCCAUCCCUUGACCAUGUGAGCCUCAGCCGGCAGCACCUAGAAGGGGAGCUGGCCUUCAAGGAGGUUUCUGCUCUGAAACCUCCCAUCUCGGAGGCUGACAUCAAGGUGUUGGCUGGUGACCUGGUGAAGUCGGCCUUCCAGACUAUCUCCCAGGCCACACAGACGGACGCAUCGGCCACAGCAAGCAGGCAGCCCAGCCUCAUGGUCACCGACAACCUCCAACACAAAAUGCCACUGGAGGCUGACAAAGGGCCCCAUACUGUCCACUUCAGGGACCCAGAGGCCAGCUUUGAGUUUGGAGGAGCCCCGGAAGGUGCUGCCAAGGAGCAAGGCCUUCCUGCCAGUCCGAAGCUGGGCAGUGACUUGGUGCAGGCCUUUAUCACAAAGCUGGAGUGCUUCGUCACCUCCAAAGUGGAGUCCCAGUUGUGCCUGGACGUCCAAAACCUGAAGGCAUCAAUGAGUGCUGACUUCUCUGCCAUCCCGCAGGAGCUGCGGCAGAUCCUGGUGAACUCCCAAGGAUGUUUGCCCACCUGCUUGGAGGACAUACUCAACGCCUGCGGUGCCUCCUCCAUUGCCAAAAAGGGAAAGGACGAACACGGACUGCCCUUGUCCUACUCACAGUUGAAGCCCUAUGCUCUAGAAGUGGCACGGACGCUGCUGAAGAACCUCAAGUGCUGCCUGGACACAGAGGUGGAGAAGAUCCCCAUGCCACCAGUCAUCUUCUCGGAGAGCAUCGCCGCUAGCCAGGUCGUCAGCAUGGUUUUCACAAUCAUCGCUCCCCGUGAGUAUGAGUGCGAAGAAGGGCUCCGGCGGGACAUGCCAUGUAAAGAGGCUGUGCUGGAGAAACUCCUCCGGAAGAAUGCGGCCUACAAGAAGGAGCUUCAGCUCCAGAUCCAGAACACAGUGGAAACGUUUUUGAACGAAAUCUACCAGACUAUCUUGUUGGAUAUGAAGAGCACCUCCUCAGCUGAGCCAGAAGGGACUCAAGUCUCCAAGGAGACAGACGACGGUGCCCCGCUUCCUCUUUCCAAACCCACAGUAAUAAAGUCUGAUGUUUCGGUGGUUUCUAAUGACUUGGUGGACAUUGUAGUCAAAGACCUGAGUUCGGGCCUGGCAACGGCUUUGCACAAAAAAGGCCCGCUUUCCACCCGGCUCCAGUCCCUCCUCUUUGAACUUGUUCAGAAGACCGUUGAGCCUUUUCAACACUUGACCAGCCGAGACACUAAGGCUGGACACAAGGGCCAUUUUCUGGGCUCUGACAUGCAGAAACACCAAAUUCUGGGCCUGUUGAGAGGGAAGGAUGACACCACACAGCUCCCUGAGCUGAAGGACAUUUCCCCUCAAGGCAUUGCCCAAUUCUUGGUGGACAAUAUUGUUCUGAGGCUGGAGAGGUUUGCUCAGGAGAAACUAGACACAGAAUUGGCGCAGGCCACUCAGCUGCAGCAGGAGAGGCCCGCCAGUUACCGCCAGCGAGCCAAACUGGCCAUCCAGGACUCCCAGUCCAACAUGAAGCUCUGUGCUGCAAAACUGACCUGCACCAUCCUGAAAGUCAUCCAGAAGGACCUGGAGCGGGAGAUGCUCUCUUGCCAGAACAUCCUCCCCUAUGAGGAAAAUGCCUCCGCCAACGAAAUGGUCAAUGACCUCCUCAAGAUUUUGUCUGUCCAGAUUGCCUUGACGGAGAACGAGGUCCACAAGAGGGUCCUGAAAAAGAUUUUUAGGAGGCAGCGGCCUGGACAGAGAGGGAGGUGCCAGCUGCUGGCGAGGGUGGAGGACGUCCUCAAUCAGGUGACCCAGAAGGUUAUAGGGGACCUGGGGCACCUGCCGUCCUUCCACGAUUCUUCAUUCAUCAGUUCAGACACCAAGUCCUCUCAUUAUCCUGGGUUGAUGGAAGCAGGCCAUGUGGCAAGUGACAUUGUGGAAGGUGUCAUGGGCAAGAUGUACACGGUCGUGGUGGACACCCUCUUCAGCUCCGAGUCCAGUUCAAGCAGCGACAAGGGCCCACUCUCCACCGAUCUCCAGAAGGUCACCCUGGCCGUGGCGCAGCUCCACCCGCCUCCACAGUCCUUGGGCGAAGAGCUGGUCCAGGGCGUCCUGAACAAAAUUGCCUGCUUUGCUGCAUCCAACCUGGAAGAGGUCCUCCCUUUUCCGGCACAAUCAAGGAGGCGGAUGCAGUACGACUUCCAAAGCGGUGAUGGUGCUGUCGUAUGCCGGCCGAGAGCCUUUGCCGAUGACUCCGAGAGCUCGCUCAUGAAGGUGAACUUGUCCAAGUCCGACUUGACCGCCUAUGCCAAAGAUGUGGUCGGCAAGGUGUUGGGAACUAUCAUCGAGGACUUCAAGAUGGAGGACUACCACCGGACCAUCCUGCGCGUUAACACUCUGUCCUCUGAACAGAUCUCCAUUGCAAGUGAUUUUAUCCACUCCGUCACCCAAGACCUCCAUGUCUCCAAACACGGCAGAGGCCUCACUUCGACCCAGUUUGAGUUAUACGUGAAAGGAAAGCACAAGUCCCUGUUUUACGAGGAUUUCGCUUCUUUCCUUAAGCAAGUCCUUCCAAAGGAAGGCAUUCUGAGGGAGAUCUUUGAGCGUCAACCACUGACAGAUGCCAACAUAAACGAGACCCUGAAGAUGUUGCAGGUGGCAGAGAACAUAGUCAGUGAGGUGUUCAUGAGGAUCCGGGACCUGGAGUCCUCUGUGUGCAUCCUUGAAAGGAUCCCAGGUGAGCUCAGUGAGAGGUUGUUCUGCCAUGGCUUCAAGCGGACCGAGGGCCCUGGUGGUGGACUCUUCCACAGUGACUCUCAAGCGGAGAUCGGCUCGGUGGCGAGGGACAUUGUUGCCAGCGUGUUUGAAAACGUGCACAAAUGCCUAAUCUGCAGUGUCCCUUCUCAUCCUGAGAGGGAGUGUUUCCCCCCAAAGAAGGACCUGGCUGGGCUAAAAGGGCCCAACAGGUUCCUCAAACACCGCUUUACCCAGCCGGACUUUCCUUUCUACAAUGUCUCGCUCAAAGGUGCCAUAGAUAAUAUCGACAAAAUAGCGAAAGAAGCUGUUGAUUGCGUUGUCCUAAUGCUGGAGACGUUCUCCAUCCGGCACUUCAGGCGGGACUUCAGAUGCAAUUUCUUGGAAAUUGUGAAUUUCCCCAUCGACAGCCUCUCUUUUGCACAAAUGACGCGCUCCCUAGACUCCCUCUCGGUGCCUGUGGGGAACGUGGCGGAGACCACUAUGGAGGCUUUUCGGUGCAAGCUCCAAGGAGCUGUAGGAAGAGGGGAGCUGCCCACUUUGGGGUCCAACCCCAACUUCAUGGACUUCUCCAAACUGGGGGGUGCCGUCACAAGGGAAUGCAUUGAGACAGCAAUUCGGCAAGUGCAGGUCCUCCAUGCGGAGCUGAACAUCUACGCCAACAACGCUGUCAGCGGCAUCCUUGAGAUCAUCAAGCACACCUUGGACCGGGAGCUGAGCAAGAAGGAUGCUUCACUCUUCAGCAGCUCCUCUGACAGCCUAGUUCUGAGCGAGACCCUCAGCGUCAUGCUGGAUCGCUGCAACGAGAGUCUGACUGAGAUCACUUCUGAGCUGAUGGUGGAGAACCUCCAGCUGGAGAUGUCUGGCCGAAGGUUCACAAAGGAGAAGAGCCUCAUUCAGGACCUGGUGGCCCCACCCAGGGUCAAGACAAAGACCACGAAAUACAGGAGGUUCGAGGCAAGGGACAGCUUUCCCCCCAUCAAUGUCCCAGGUAUGGUGAUCUAUUCGGAGGAGGAAGCCGAAGUGCUGAACGAAGCUCCUCCCAACUUCCCUUCUGUGUACAAGGAGUCUGAGUGGGAUGCUCGAGCCGCCGCACCAGAGAGAUGUAGAGGGACGUCCCUCAGGUCGUCGCGUCCCCGGUCAAGGCCUCCGGCCAGGCGCAACAAGUUCAGACUUGACUUUCAGGAGGAUGACUGGCUUCCCAAGGACAGGUACAUCCCCGAGGGAAGCAUUCUGGAAAAGCUCUUCAAGAAAGCAGAUGAAUCUGAACCGGGCUGCAGGCCCAGCAAGAUGGGUCCAGAGGUCAAAGCCGAUCCCUAUUCCCAGGCUGACCCCUUCGGAAAAGGGCUUCCAUUAAACAUCCCAGAGAACGUUUGCUAUUCGGCCGUCUGCCCAAUGAAGCUUGGCCAGACCGCCGAAACCAUCGUCAACACACUCCUCUGUGAGUUCGGGCUGGAAAACGAGAGUGGCGGUGACUGCUGCGGCGGCUGCUGCUGCAGGAAGGCCUGCCCUGCGCCCCAGCUGGGCUGCUCUGCAUUUGCAGAUCUGCAGAGGAAAUGGCCCAGCCUGCUCAACCGCUGGGAGCAGAGGACCAGCGACUCCGGGGGCCACACCAUGCUGGAGGGUAGCCUCCUUGUGCGCCAAGGGAGCAGCCUCCUGUCCAAGUGGGAGAGCAAGCACUGCCUCUUCCGCUCCAAGAGCCCCAAAGUGCAGAACCCCAAGGAGAUGGAGCUGCUGGCCUGCUCCCAUGUGCCGGAUCCCAGCGAAGUCCAGAUGCUGGCCAACCACAUUGUCCUGAGUGUCAUCAAGGAACUUAUCUACUUCCAGCCCAAAGGUGCCUCCGGGGCGAGGGUGCCGGCAUGGAAGCAAGAACUGCAGCAGUCGGAGUCCAAGUGGCUGCAGGAGCGGAUCUGGCACAGCACCUUCCUGCCUUCAGCCAAACGGCAGUCCUCCUGCCUGGAGGUCUUUUGGGAGCCGCUGACUCUGUCGGUGGUCACCAACGUGCUCCUGAGCAUCUCCCACCCCAACACCCGGGCCAGUCCCCGGGGCAAGAGGAAGGGCUUCUUCGGCAGCCCCGUUUCCAUGUUCUGCUCCGUGGAGAGCCCGACGGGGUCCCCUAAGAGCUGCCCCAUCGACAUCGAAGAGCUGGCCUUCCACCUCUCAGAGGCCAUCGUGGGGCUGCUGUGUGAGCGGCAUGUACUGCAUGCGGGCAUCAAGAAGAAAGGCUGCCGGGGCAAGAAGACCCGGUACAUCUUCGUGCCACCACUCUGCCUCGCCGACUUCAAUGACGUGUAUGACCCGCUGGUCAAGGAGGUUGGCACCCUCCUCUCUUUGGAGAUUGAGAUGAGAAGCAGGUUCGGGGGCCGAGGGAAGCCGAGAGACCCCUUCCCACAGCCACGGGCCUUCAUCUCUCCCGACGGGGCAUCUCGGGGUGACUGCCGGGGCCCGAGAGAUCUCAAAGGGGCCACCUGCUUGUAUGACUUAGGGAGGAUGGACCACAAGAGCCCACGGAUGGACCACAAGAGUCCACGGAUGGACCACAAGAGUCCACGGCUCAGCUGCGUGGCCGCCAAUCUGGACCGCUUCAUCCGUGGCCUGCAGAGCAGCGAGGCCAAGCACCUGGUCAACAAAGUCCUGCAGAUCAUCCUGGAUGGCUUGUGGGAGGAGAAGUCUCCAUCCCCGCCAAACGUGACGCCGUACCGAGAGGGAGCCCUGUCCCCAAAGAAAUCCCUGGGCUGGUCCUCCCUGUGUCCACAUGCUUCCCGGCUCAGCGAACACAUGACAGGCGGACGCCUUGGCCUAUCACCCAAAUCAGUCGUCCUCCUGGACACUGUGAGCGAGAAGCUUAUCCGAGCGCUCUUGGACAAGUGCCUCACGACAGAGCACUUCACAGGCGCCUUUGCCUUUGACGAGUUCCCUGAAGACGAGCACCUCUGCCACCUCCGGAAGUGCGUCAGCGAUGAGGAGAUCCUUCAGUAUAACAAGAGAGAGGAGCAAUCCUAUGAGGUCGACCCCGACUCAUCCUUCUUCACCUAUGAUGUUAGAUACUCAGAGGAGCCAUGUGUGGAAGCCCAGUCAAGCAUCACCUCUUACGAAUCAGCCCUCGACCUAUUGGCCCACACGCUGGUCAAGCCGGUGGUGACAGAGCUCUCCCUCAACCUCAAGCCCCGUGGCUCCCUGGGGCAUACCCACCAAAAGGCCACUUCUAGAAAGCUCCGUGGGCAAGCACCUGGCCAGAAGCACAUACACUAUGGGAGGGUCGAUGGGUACUUCUCAUUGCCUCGAGCAGGGAAGAAGCUGGAGCCAAGGGCCCACUGGCAAGGGAGGCGGCCAGGCCGGCGGGGCACCCGAGAGCACCGGGGUGGGACAAUAGUGGAAGCUGACCUGAAACGCCGGACAUUCACCUCCAGGCCGCCCAUGCGCCCUGCUGGACGGCUGAAACCACAGACGACGAUGAGGAAGCUCUACCGGAAAGAGGUGGCAUCCAUGAGCGGCCGCGGCGAUCAUAGCUCACACUCCCCAGCCUUCUCUGCUAUCUAUUCCUCCCUGUUUCUUGAAGAGGUCAUUUCUCAGUUCUUGAUCAAGGUCUUUUCUUCGCUUGAGACCCGCUACGACAAAGAGACCUGCAUUGGCUUGAAGGAGAUGAACAUCUUGUUUGUGAACGCAUUGGUGGAGGAGUUCAGGAGGGGCAAAGUCAGGGUCUUGCGGGGCUCCGAGGAGAAGACAUACUUCCCCCAGCUGGACCGCCGGGCGGUCGACAAGCUCUCAGACUCCAUUUUAGGUGAGUUUGGCUUCCAGUUGAUGGCUGACAAAGGCUUCGGAAGGAGCGUGGAGGCCAUGGCCGAGCGGGCAGCAGAGAUUAUACUGACCGAAGUCCUGGAUUACCAGCUGCCUCCGCCAGUGUGCCGGAGACUGCCCCUGAGCUCCUGCAAAAGCCUGAAACCGCAGCAUAUCCUGCAGCGGAUUGAGCUCUGCAUCUGCUUCCCUAAAGCCCACAAGCAGAAGCCCCCUCAUCCUCCUCCAGCUCCUCCUCCUUGUCCUCCUUUGCCGCCACCGCCGUAUGUCACCAUAUUGUCCCAGAAGUACCUGGAGAAGGUGAUCAACCGCCUCUUGACCCAGAUCUUCCCAGCCCUUGAGGCGCCUCCCCCCAAGGAGCGAGAGAGGGGUCAGUUGUACAGAGAAGAUUUCGAGGAGAUCUGCUCUUACAUGAUCAAAGAAGUAAUGCGGUCCAUCUCAAAACACAAGAUCUGGGUGUCCAAGAAGGACGAUAAGUGCCACCUGCAUUCUGAGAAGGAAGUCCAGAGCAUGGUCGACUCUGUUUACAAAAACAUGCUGAAAAAAUCCGGCUCACAGCAGUCGAUCCAGAAAGAGGUGAAGUCCCGCGAUAGCGCUCUCCUCGACAGCAUGGCAAGCUUCAUCAUCCAGGAAAUCACGAAGCAGCAUCUUCAGACAUUCCUCUCUCAAGAGGAGCUCCCUUCACGGACCCCUGACCCUGAGGCCUUAUCUGAGAACAUUGUCAAGACGGUGUUGGACACUAUCAGAGAGCCCUUGGUGGCCCGGGCUGAGGUUUUCUCAGCAAAGUUCCUAGAAGAGAUCAUUUCCAGAGUCCUGUCCAAAGUCUUCCACAGGAAGGAGACCACGAAAGGGCAACGGAAAAUGGACAUUGCCCAUGUGGCAAAGCGGCUGGCCAAUCAAAUCAACUUGCGGUUUGGCCGGGCUGCUCCUGCACUGACCGAGGGGCCCAAAGGAGAGGAUCAGGGCCUGGGGCCCCCCUUGACCGAUGUCAUGGACAUUGUGGUUGACUCUGUUUGCGACAAAAUAUCGAAAGAGAAAGUGGAGGUCCCAGGAGGAGAUCUUGUUUACGCAGGAGAAGGGGCCCUCAUCGAAAACAUCAAGAGGCUGGUGGAAAAAUGCAUUGCUGACUAUUUCCUCCACCCACUGUUUUCCGGAGAGGCGUUCAAUGUCUCGAUUCCACCUCCGCCACGGUAUGAGGACAUAACCGGAGACAUUGGGAACAUGUCUGAUGAAAUGGAGAGGUCUCCGUUCAGUACCUUCCUAUCCUCUGGUUUCCUGAAAGACUUGAUUACCGGACUGUUAUCCAAAAUCUUCUCUUCUGCGUCUCCUUGGGAGAAACAUCUCCCCUCAGAGUCGGACCUCAACAAGCUCGCCACCCAGUUGCUUGAUGACAUCCGGAGGAAGCUUCUGAAGCAUGAAAUCCGGGUGACCGGAGACGCCCUCCCAGGUCAGGGCCAAUAUUCCGAGGAAGACGUCCAGAAUAUGACCGAUUCCCUGUGCAGUCAGAUCAUCCAUAAGUCAGGGUCCCUUGAAGCUGUUCAGAGGGAGGUCCGGAACAAGAGCAAUACCCUGAUCGACUGGAUUGCGGGCUUCCUGGUGGGGAAUGUUCUCCAGCAACACGUCCAGCCUUUCGUGGCUGGGGACAAAGCUUCCUCAUGGGAUGCAGCUGCCGCAGGGGACUCGACGGGCCGGCUGGAGAUUUACCGGACAAGGAUCCAACCCCAGAAUCUGAGACCAAUCACCCAGGAGAAGUCGGGAGGGACAUCUUCUGCGUCAUCUUUCCUGGGAGAUGUCCUCUCCGAACUGAUCUCCAAGCUCUCCACAUCACUAGUGGACCUCCCGCUUGGAGCCUCUGGGGACACGGCUGUGCGACUGGCUAAGUCACUCACCAAAGAGCUGGCCAAAGGCCAGUUCAGCCCUCAGGAGGGCUCUGAACGUCCGCUGGGAUAUGCUCCUCCUUCUCCUUUGGAAGGCAGAGACUUGGCCGAUUGGCAUCCACCAAGGAAGGAGCCGCAGGAAGGCUGGCCAAUCAAAGAGCAGGCUGAUGACAAACGAGACAUUCUCCAGAAAAAGGCUGUUGCCAUCUUUGGAGAAGCGGUGGACCAUCUCAUCCAGUCCACACGGCCCUCAAACGCAGUGGACGAUAGGUGCCUCAUUCAGGACAAAAUGAUGGAGGAGGUGGACAGCCCUGAGGUGAGGCCUCCUGCUGCCUAUACCACUGUUAUUUCAUAUCCGGUCUUAGAAGGGAUCAUUGAGGGGCUGGUCUCCCGGGUCUUCCCUGAGGAGGGACUUCGCAACUCUGACCAAGUUGCCCAGGCCAAGAGGGCCAUUAUGGAGAUGGUUCUGAAGCAGGCCAUCUGGGCCAGCACAUAUGGCAGCCCAAAGCCGGUGGGCUUUUCAGACGAAGCCGUGGAGCAGAUGGUGGAAUCUGUCUACUGUGAUGUCCUGCACGAAGUCCUUCUUCGCCAGCCCUUUCCAGAGGACAAGGAGAGCCUCAGCAACCUAUACGUCACACAGAUCGCUUGCUUCAUCCUCAACGAGAUCUUCAAGUACCACCUCCAGUCCCUAGGUGUCGGAGGGCUGGCCUCUUACGAGGGGGAAUCCUGCCUGACUGUCUUCCCUUGCCGGCUCUUGGAAAACAUACUGAGCCAGCUCCUGGACAAGAUCUUCCCCAAUCCAGAGAGUAUCACCAAUUAUGUUGGGACACAGAUAGACUUCUCCGAGUCUGACUUUGUCGAGAUGGCUGCCAGCCUGAAAAGCGAUGUCGUUACAGAGAUCUUGGCCCAUGAGAUCAAGCUGGAGAACCGCUCUGAGCGUAGCCCGGAGAUGGACCGCGAAACCAAGGAGGACAUUGCCAACUCUGUGUACAACCAGGUCUUGCAAAGGUACGCAUCCCAGGGGGAGUUGCAGGAUGCUCUUGCCCACCAGGCCAGCCACAGCAUCGAAGAGGUCACCAAUUCACUGGUGAGGGAAAUUCUGAACUUCCAUCUCCAACCGUUUCUAAGCAGCGGCGAUUCAUCCAAUGCCGAAUGCACCAAAUGGCAGAAGGAGAGGCAGCUGUUUUCACGGCGCAUCUACUCAGCCGCCUUCCUAGAGGACAUUGUGGUGGCUUUCUUUUGCAAAAUCCUGUCCUCCCCAAACAUCUUGACUUACUCCAAAGAGGCCGACUUAUCGGAUACAGAGAUGAGAUGCCUGGUGAUUGAACUGGUCAAUGCUUUGGUGGCAGAAUUUAAAAUACUGCAGGUCAAAGUCUUCCAGAGCAUGGAAGAGGAUUCCUGCUUUCCACAGAUAGCUCCUGAAACAGUGAUUCAGGUCUGUGAUUCCAUUUAUGAGAAGUUGCUAGAACUUUUGGGGUCAGAAUGUGAGAUUUUCAAAGCAUUCCAGAGCAACAUCCACAUGUUAGCAGAAAAACUUGCCCCAAUAAUAGUGAGGGAGAUCUCUGCAUACCAACUGCUGCCUUUGUUUACCGGGGACACAUCUCCAUACCUCUUCUCCUUCCUGGAGGCCGAGACCAUCCUGGACCGAGUGGAAACCAUCCUGCCAGAAGCUGCGUCUCCUCAUUCAGUCUUUGGAGACAUGUUCGUCAAGAUCUUACGCCGGAUCUUCCCAUCGUCAGCACCCAUGGGUGCUUCGUCACAGGUGGCUAUGAAGGAGGGUGUGGGUUCAGAGGCCAAAGGAAGCAUGCAGAGCCUGAUGGAGAACAUCUAUAAAACGGUCUGCAAAAAAGUGGGGUCUCCAGACAAAAAGCAAGAAAGCACCAAAGAGGAGUUAGCGGGAUUCCUGAGACAAACCAGGCAGGACGACCGGCCCUGCUCUCCCCCCACCCAGCCUCAUCCUUCCUCCAGCAUUCUUGCCCAGUCGGGCAACUGGACCAUCCACCAUGUCAAACUUGGGGAAGGAGAGCCCCGGCCAAUGCAGGCCGAGGAUGGAGGAGACGUCUACUCGUCUUCUUUCUUGAAGGACAUCUUCAGCGGACUGGUCAGCAAGCUUCUUUCAUCAACUGGCCCGGAAACGAGAGGGACUGAAGCGGAGUCUCCACUCAGGAACUUAAUGGAGUCCAUCCUGAAGGAAUUUGCAAAAUCGCCAGUAAAGGUCCUGCAGGUCCCAGAAGCAGGGCAGCCACAUCCGGCCGUAGGGAAGACGGAAGUAGCCAAAAUAAUCCACUCUUCCUUGUGCAACAUUCUUCAAGAUCAGGGGUCCAGCGGUGCACUGUUUGGGAGAGACCAGCAAAGCCAGCAUGCCUUGGCUGAGCGCUUGGCCAGUGCCAUAAAGAAGGAAAUCUUAGGUUACCAGAUCCAGGUGGGACCAGGUAUGGCUUCCCAGGAGCCGGCCUCAAAGCCAUUUGAAUUUGGAGAGAUGGCAAAAAAAGUGUGGAUGGAGGUGAAGAAGAUCAGCACGCCUUCGCCACCCAAGUCUCAGCCAUCAUCGCUCCUGGUGUCCCAAAGGUUUAUCCAUGACGUCCUUGGGUUCCUCUUGUCCAAAAUCCUCCCUCUGCCCACAGAAGACACAACUAGUCCAGACACCCAAGAGCGGUGCGAUGAAUUCGACUUCAUCCACAUGAAGCUCCUGAGCAAAGUGAUGGAUGACUUGGCCAAGGACAAGAACACGGAGGUCCAGUACCUUGACCCAGUGCAGCCCAAUCGUGUCGUGAGUCAAACCGUGGCCAAUUCCGUUUACAACAACCUCAUGCCCGAAUUUGGGUCCACCUCCACGGUCCAGAAGUGCAUCAGAGCCGGGUGCAGCAUCCUCUUGGAGAGGAUUGCCGACAUCAUGAUCAAGGAGAUUUCUGGGAGUAAGAUGCAAUCAUAUUUUUCGGAGGAGCGGAACCGCCAGCAGGAGGUCAUGGAGGCAGAGAGAGAGAUGGAGCAACGGUAUGGAGACAGUCCAGAGCACCAAUACGGAGACAGCUUGGAGCCCAAAGAGGGUGGGACCCAGCUGCGCUCCCACCUCAAAGGGUUGUCCAUCCUCAUUUUAGAGGAGGUGGCUGCCAAAUUCCUCUCCAAAAUGGUCCUCUCCCUUUCCUCAGAGGAGAUGGACGAGACCAUUCUUGAGUCGGUGAAGGAGGUGGCCAGGAAAAUUGUGGGCUCCUUACAAAGACGCAUCGAGAAGAACAAGCUCCAAGUCUGGCAGAACGAGGAGGAGGAGGACUUGGGCUCAGAGGAGAGCCAAGCGGUCGGGGAAGUGGUGGACUCAGUUUACAUGGACAUCAUGAAGCAGUCCGGCUCAGAGGCUUCUCUGUAUGAAGACCUGACCAACAAGAGCGAGGACCUGGUCAACCGAGUGGCUUGCUUCAUGGUCAGCGAAAUCUCCCGGCGGGACUUCCCUUCGGGCUCUAUGUCAGAGGAAGAGAUUCUCCGCUCCAGCACUGAUAUCAAGCUGAAGUCGGACAAGAUCAUCCAGAAAUUCCUGGACGACAUCAAGAUGGAGAAAGACAAGAAGGAGACCACCGGAGUGCCCGGUCCAGUGGUGCCCGUGGCUUUCCUGGAGGAGAUUCUCAGCCGCUUCCUGACCACCAUUUUUCUUGAACAGUGCGACCUGGGCAUCCAUGAGAAGAACCUGUCCAAAACGGAGGUGAAUAAAAUAGCCAGCCUUCUGAAGACCUCUGUGGAGAAAAUGAUCUCAAAGAACAACAUCGGGCUGUUGGCUUCCUCCGAGGACCAGCCCACACUAGACCCGCGGUAUGAGGCAGCAGUCAACAAGGUGGUCCACUCCGUCAUCAGCAACGUCAUGGAGAAGUCCGGCUCCCAGCAGGAGCUCUACAAAGACAUGACCACCAGCCAGGUCAUCUUCCCCGAGCAGGUGGCCAGCAUCAUUAUCAACGAGAUCUCUAGCUGCAACAUCAGAAACCCGCCGAACGAGAAUGGCGAAAGCGAGACCUGCAGUGCCUUAGCGCUGGACCGCAUUGUCAGCAAGGUCAUCGCCCAGGUCAGUUCCCACAUGGAGCCCCAGGGGGAUGAUGACACGAUGGCUGCCCUGACAGAGAUGCCUGAGGUGACGGCCCCCGAGGCUACGAUGCCCGAGGAGACCGCCCAAGAGGCCCUGCUCCAAGGCGAGGAGAUGCCCGUCAAGAUCGUCCCCUGUAUUGGCCACAAGCCCAUCCGGAUCGAUCCAGGCAUAAUCUCGGAUCACCUGGCUGUGCUGUCCAUCAAGACUGAGCCCCUGGAGAAGCUAAAGAAAGCUUGCCUCUCCAGGAUUGGCAUCAGCUUGACUGAGCUUCGGCGAGCCUCGGCCUCCGGCAAAAGCAUCACACAACACGACCUGGGCAUCCCAGAGGUCUCCGAGGCCCAGAGGAAGAAGGAGAGGAGACCCUCCCUGGACAUGGCUGGCCGCCUCGGGGUCCGGCCCAAGGAGGCGGUCUGCAGGAACUCGUUCCAAAGCCUUAUCAUGCCGGACAUCAGGAAGGUCGAGCUGUUGAAGGAUGUGGAGAGCAAGCAGGACCUCAUUGUGCGCCUUGUGGCGCACGACAUCGACGAGGAUCAGGUCCACCGCAGCUGGGGAGAUGAGAGCGACACCGACGAGGAUGAACAAGUCCUGUCGGAGCAACGGUCCUUCUACUUUGAGGUCCCUCCCAUGACCCCGCGGGGCACCAGCGUGGAUUCCUCCGCACAGGCCGCACCAGUUGAGCCCCCCUCGGCAAAGACACCCCUCAUCGGCAUCCUCAGGAAGAGUUCCUGGGAAGCUGCUCCCGAGGCUGCCAAGGAGGCAAAAGAGGUCCCCGAGACAGAGGCCGUCCCACAGUCGGUGUCCAGCACCCAUGAGCCCCAUUUGCUCCGCUCUGCCUCCCUGCAAACCAGUUUGACCUCCAAACCAUCCGAGUUGACGAUCCCAAGCCAACAAGAAUCGCUGGAGAAAGGUGAGCGUAAGACCAUGCCCCCCUACCCCAGCCCUAUAUAUCCAUGCCCCCCUACCCCAAACCCAUAUAUUACACCUGCAAGGUAUUCCUACCUUGGCUCACUGCAUCACCCCGUCUUGCUUGCAGUGGCGGUAGACAUGCACCUCACCCGGGACACCGAAGAGAGCGGCCCUGUGGAGAUCACCUCCGUCUACCAGGACCAUAAGAUGAAGGACUCCAUCUCUGAAGAGCACUCAGAAGCUGAGGACGGAAAGGUGCUGGCGGUCACCAGCUCGGACACGGGAGCCGCCCCCCUCCAGCAGCGCCCCUCYGUCUUUGAAAAGGUCUCCAGCGCCUUGUCCCGGGUCUUCUCCCGCACUUCGGCCACCAACGCCUCCCCGUCCACCUCUGGCCAGGAUAAGACCAUYGCUGCCGUCGCCUCUGCUGCCACCGGUGGGGAAUAACCACAGCCCCCCUCGCCCCCCCCAAUUUCUUCUGCUUUGUAUUAGCCGAGAAAAA